GUACGUGAGGUGCAAGUGAACUGAUGAGAGUCCUAUCUUGAAGCCUACCACCGGCAUUGACACACCGAAUUGAAACGUGAACGAGUCUUUUGAAAUGUGGCAACGAGAAAAUGAUUGAUGUUGAAUUAGGGAUGCGAGUUUAGAACACACGUAGGGCUAAAUUUCCAUUAAUAAAAUGAGAGAUCAGAUAACUGUUCCAGCCUGAUAAAUGAGAAUGAUAAUCGCAUCCUGAAUGUUUUUUUGUUGUCGGCAUAUGGACAUAGCGCGCUGACGGUGCCAUUGUGGGACAUUUUCCAACACCAAAGGAAGGACACUACAUUCAGCAGGUUCUUUAUUCAUUUAGCACACCAGACACAUCAUGACUGAGCCUUUUUACAUUUCAAGGAUGAUGUGAAGACCAUUGUUGAGGAUAUCAACUAGAGUACAGCCUUGUUCAUUCCUGCCCUACAGCACUAGACAUUUUGCCUGGACUUGCCAUCUCUUAGAAGUCCUAUGGGGAUGGGGACGUGUUUGGAUAUAGGAUGCACUUACUGCCGCUGCACUAAGGAGCAGUCAUGGCCCCUGACGUGGUGGCUGUUGGUCAUGAUGUCCAUCUCCCUAGCAAUGGGACAAGGUCAUUCCGUCAACAAUUUCCAGUCAGAGAGGAGAGAGUGGACCCUGAACCACCUGACAGUGCACAAGACCACUGGUGUUCUCUAUGUUGGUGCUGUGAACCGGAUCUACAAGCUGUCUGCCAACCUGACACUUCUGGUCUCCCACGACACAGGUCCUGAGUAUGACAACAACGCCUGCUACCCUCCUCUUAUAGUGCAGCCCUGCUCAGAGCCCUUGGCAUCCACUGACAACAUUAACAAACUGUUGCUCAUAGACUACUUCCACAACCGCCUGCUGGCCUGUGGCAGCCUCUACCAGGGAGUCUGCAAGCUGAUGCGACAGGACGACCUGUUUAUCCUGGUAGAGCCCACUCACAAGAAAGAGCAUUACCUCUCCAGUGUCAACCAGACAGGCACCAUGUAUGGUGUCAUCGUGCCCUCCUCGCAGGGCCAGGGCGGCACCCUGUUCAUCGGCACGGCUGUGGGUGGGAAGCAGGACUAUUUUCCCACCAUCUCCAGCCGUAAGCUGCCCCGCGACCCAGAGUCCUCUGCCAUGCUGGACUACGAGCUCCACACAGACUUUGUCUCCUCUCUCAUUAAGAUCCCCUCUGACACACUAGCUCUGGUCCCGCGCUUUGACAUCUACUACAUCUAUGGCUUCGCCAGUGGGAACUUUGUCUACUUCCUGACCGUGCAGCCAGAGACCCCAGAGAAUGGGAUGCCAGCUGGCAGUUCCCCUGGUGAUCUGUUCUACACAACCCGCAUCAUACGCCUCUGCAAAGGGGACACAAAGUUCCACUCUUAUGUGUCUUUGCCAGUGGGCUGUGUACACAAGGGAGAGGAGUAUCGCCUCCUACAGGCUGCCCACCUGUCUAAGGCAGGGAAGGUAUUGGCCAGGUCCUUGAACAUCAGUGCCCAGGAUGACAUCCUCUUUGCUGUGUUCACCAAGGGUCAGAAGCAGUACCACGAGCCUCUGGACAACUCCGCCCUGUGCAUCUUUACCAUCCGAGACAUCAACACCCGCAUUAAAGAGCGCCUGCAGUCCUGCUACCAGGGAGAGGGCAACCUGGAAUUGCACUGGCUGCUGGGAAAGGACGUGCAGUGCACCAAGGCGCCUGUGCCUAUCGAUGAUCACUUCUGUGGGCUGGAUAUCAACCAGCCCCUUGGGGGCUCCCAGCUGGUAGCUGGCCUGACGGUGUAUACUGAGACCAGAGACAGGCUGACCUCUGUCAUCUCCUACGUUUAUAAUGGCUACAGCGUGGCCUUUAUCGGAACCAGGAGUGGCAGACUGAAGAAGGUCCGAGUGGAUGGGUCUCCUGAGGGCAGGGGGCAGUAUGAGACCCUGACCGUGAUGACAGAAGGUGGUCCUAUCCUCCGAGACAUGGCCUUCUCUCUGGACCGCAACUCUCUCUACAUCAUGUCUGACAAUCAGGUGACCCAGGUCCCAGUGGAGGCCUGUGAGCAGUAUGGGACCUGUGGAGAGUGUCUGAGCUCUGAGGAUCCUCACUGCGGCUGGUGUGUCCUGCUCAACAUGUGUGCCAGAAGAGACCAAUGCCAGAGAGCAGAAGAGCCCUUCCGGUUCGCCACUGAUAUUGAACGUUGUGUGAAAGUUAUCGCUCACCCAGACAGCAUUGCCGUGUCAGCACACAGUGUGCCUCUCCUGCUGGAGGUGAGCAAUGUACCUGACCUCUCAACUGGGAUCACCUGUUUAUUUGGAGAGCAGACCGAGGUGGAGGGCCAUGUCAAUGGCAACAGAGUCAUGUGCCUGUCCCCAUCUGGCAAAGAGGUCCCACACAUACCUGAAGGACAAGACUGGUUGGGUGUUGCGCUGCGUCUGAACUCUAAGGAGACAGGUCAAAUGCUGGGCAGUACAGAGGUCAAGUUCUAUAACUGCAGCGUGCAUCACACGUGUCUGUCCUGUGUGAACAGUACCUUCCGCUGCCACUGGUGUAAAUAUCGCAACCUGUGUACCCACAAUCCUUUCAGUUGCUCCUUUCAGGAGGGCCGGGUCAACACCUCAGAGGACUGCCCCCAGCUGCUGCACUCUGGGGAGAUCCUGAUCCCAGCAGGGGAGGUGAGACCCAUCACCCUGAGGGCCCGGAACCUUCCACAGCCCCAGUCUGGCCAGCGGGGGUACGAGUGCGUGCUCCACGUCCAGGGAACCAACCACCGUGUCACCGCCCUGCGCUUCAACAGCUCCAGUGUGCAGUGCCAGAACAGCUCGUACAUAUAUGAGGGUGUGAGGAUCAGUGACCUGGCAGUGGACCUCUCCAUCAUUUGGAAUGGCAAUUUCAUCAUCGACAAUCCAGAUAAGAUUAAAGUGCACCUGUAUAAGUGUGGUGCCCAGCGGGACAGCUGUGGCAUGUGUCUGCGGGCUGAGAGGAAGUUCCAGUGUGGCUGGUGCAGUGGAGAAGGCCGUUGCACCAUGAGGCAGCACUGCCUGCCCAUCAGCCCCUACGCCAGCCGCUGGCUCGACGUGUCCACCAGGAACGUUAAGUGUACCAACCCACGCAUAACUGAGGUGAGCCCAGUGGCAGGGCCUCCAGAGGGGGGAACACUGGUCACCAUCCAGGGCCUGAACUUGGGCCUGUCCUUCUCUGAGCUGGUGGGCAAUGUGGAGGUGGCAGGGGUUCAGUGUACCCCACAGGAAGAGGGCUACAUCACUGCAGAACAGAUUGUGUGUAAAAUGGCCUCUACGUCUCAGGGAAGUGCACCUGGUCCAGUCCAGCUAUGUGUUGGUGAAUGUAGACCAGAACUACGAACUCAGUCCUCCCAGCUCUACUCCUUUGAGACCCCUACCAUGGUGGGACUGACCCCUGGCCGAGGGCCUGAGUCUGGGGGCACUAAGGUCACCAUUGUGGGGGAGAACUUGGGUGCUGGGAGCAGUGUGAACGUUACCUUUGGAAACCAGACUUGUGAGCUGUACAGGCGGACCAUGUCGGAGAUCGUGUGUUUCUCGGCACCCUCUGUGACGGGCGCCACCCUGGUGCAGGUCAGUCUCAGUGUAGAUCUGGCCAUGGUGCCAGGAACCCUGGGCUUUGAAUACAUCGAGGAUCCCACAGUCCAGCGCAUCGAGCCAGAGUGGAGCAUCACUAGUGGACACACUACCCUGAUGGUGACCGGGACCAACCUGGAUGUGGUGCAGGAGCCGAGGGUCAGGGUCAAGUACGCCGGCCACGAGUCUGUCAAUGUGUGUAAGGUGCUCAACACCACCACGAUAAUCUGCUUCGCUCCCUCCCUGAAGGCAGAGUACGCACUGGAGCAGGAGUCAGUGAAACACGUGGAAGAGUUUGGUUUUGUUUUCAACAAUGUGCAGGCCCUGCUCACCUACAACAGUACAAGCUUCAUCUACUACCCUAACCCUUACCUGGAGCCCCUCAGCUUGUCUGGGGUGCUGGAGCAGAAACCUGGCUCCCCCAUCAUACUCAAGGGGCGCAACCUGGUGCCCUCAGCAUCUGGAGGGGCCAGGCUGAACUACACUGUGCUGAUCGGGGACACACCCUGCUCACUCACCGUCUCUGACACACAGCUCCUCUGUGAGCCCCCAAACCUCACAGGCCAGCACAAAGUCCUGGUCCAGGUGGGUGGUCUCCACAUCUCUCCUGGUGCAGUCCACAUCCGCUCAGACAGCCUGCUCACCCUACCCGCCAUCUUCAGCAUCACGGCUGGAGGAGGCCUGCUGCUCAUCAUCGUCUUCAUUGUCCUAUUGGCCUACAGACGAAAGUCGCACGAGAAUGACCUCACUCUCAAACGCCUGCAGAUGCAGAUGGACACCCUGGAGUCUCGGGUGGCUCUGGAGUGCAAGGAAGCGUUCGCUGAGCUGCAGACUGACAUCAACGAGCUGACCAGUGACCUGGACAGGGCUGGGAUCCCCCACCUGGACUACCGCACCUAUACCAUGAGGGUCCUCUUCCCUGGCAUUGAUGACCAUCCUGUACUCAGGGAGCUGGAGGUGUCUGGAAGCGGGCAGCAGGGUAUGGAGAAGGCCCUGAAGCAGUUUGCCCAGCUGGUGAAUAACAAGGUGUUCCUGCUGACCUUUAUCCGUACUCUGGAGCUCCAGCGUUCCUUCUCCAUGCGUGACCGUGGCUACGUGGCCUCGCUCAUCAUGACUGCGCUGCAGGGACGUCUGGAGUACGCCACCGACGUGCUCAAACACCUCCUCUCUGACCUCAUCGAGCGCAACCUGGAGAGCAAGAACCACCCCAAACUACUGCUGCGCAGAACUGAGUCAGUUGCAGAGAAGAUGCUGACAAAUUGGUUUGCCUUCCUACUUCACAAAUUCCUUAAGGAAUGUGCAGGUGAGCCUCUCUUCAUGCUGUACUGUGCCAUCAAGCAGCAGAUGGAGAAGGGACCUAUAGACUGCAUCACCGGGGAGGCGCGCUACUCCCUCAGUGAAGACAAACUCAUCCGCCAACAGAUUGAAUACAAGACCCUGACUCUGAGCUGUGUAAACCCAGACAAUGAGAACAGCCCUGAGAUCCCUGUCAAGGCGCUCAAUUGUGACACCAUCACCCAGGUGAAGGAGAAGAUCCUGGAUGCUGUCUGUAGGAACAUGCACUUCUCCCAGAGGCCCCGCGCUGCAGACAUGGACCUCGAAUGGCGCCAGGGGAGGACGGCACGUGUGGUCCUGCAGGAUGAAGACAUCACCACUAAGAUUGAAGGCGAUUGGAAAAGACUCAACACCCUCAUGCACUACCAGGUGUCAGACCGCUGUAUGGUGGCCCUGGUGCCCAAGCAGAUGUCCUCCUCAGCCAGCUUCCCACGCAGCAUUAGCCGAUACGAUGUACCGUUCCGCUCCAACCCCAACAGCCCUGACAGCCCUCACUCCCGUGUGCCCAUGCUCACCCCGGACAUGGAGAGCGGGGUGAAGGUGUGGCACCUGGUCAAGAACCACGACCACGGGGACCAGAAGGAGGGCGAACGCGGCUCCAAGAUGGUGUCAGAGAUCUACCUGACCAGGCUACUGGCUACUAAGGGUACGCUGCAGAAGUUUGUCGAUGACCUGUUUGAGACUUUGUUCAGCACCGUCUGCUGGGGUAGUGCUCUGCCACUCGCAAUCAAGUACAUGUUUGACUUCCUGGACGAACAGGCUGACAAGCACGGCAUCCAUGACAUGGACGUUCGCCACACAUGGAAAAGCAACUGCCUACCUCUGCGCUUCUGGGUGAAUGUGAUCAAGAACCCUCAGUUUGUGUUUGACAUCCACAAGAGCAGCAUCACAGAUGCCUGUCUGUCUGUUGUGGCGCAGACCUUCAUGGACUCCUGCUCUACCUCAGAGCAUCGCCUGGGCAAGGACUCACCCUCCACCAAGCUACUCUACGCCAAGGACAUCCCCCACUACAAGAGCUGGGUAGAGAGGUACUACGCAGACAUAAACCGCUUGCCUGCCAUCAGCGACCAGGACAUGAAUGCCUACCUGGCCGAGCAGGCCCGCCUUCACUCCAAUGAGUUCAAUGUGCUCAGUGCCCUUCACGAGAUCUACGCCUACGUCAGCAAGUACAGCCAAGAGAUCAUUGAGGCCCUGGAGCAGGAUGAGCAGGCCCAGAAGCAGCGGCUGGCCUACAAGGUGGAGCAGAUCAUCGCAGCCAUGUCUGUGGAGAGCUGAGACAGACAUACAGAUGUGUGUACUCAGAGGCACACUGACAUGACAAGGCCCAGGACACAGGCCACCAGCUGUCAGCAGAGCAAGCACACCCAACAGCCGCAGGUAAAGUAAAAGGGAACUGCAGAAUAAUUCCGCCUGAGUGCUCAACAAGGGAAGAACAUGGAUAGACAAGCAAAUUCACCAAGUACUGCUGUUCUCUUUCUGUUGGCUGCAAUGAGACCACAUGUGGAGGCAAAGACAAAAUAAUUGUCUGUUUUUACUUCAAAAACAAAAUACAUGUUUCUAAGUAUGAACUAAUGACGUACAUAUGAUAGCCUUGGCCUUGGACUGGCAUUUCCACUUCAGUGGACAAGUCUAAUAAGCCUUUAUGAAAGCGUAUGAAGGCUUUAUGAAAGCGUAUGAAGGCUUUAUGAAAGCGUAUGAAGGCUCUAUGAAAGUGUAUGAAGGCUUUAUGAAAGUGUAUGAAGGCUUUAUGAAAGCGUAUGAAGGCUCUAUGAAAGCGUAUGAAGGCUUUAUGAAAGUGUAUGAAGGCUCUAUGAAAGCGUAUGAAGGCUCUAUGAAAGCGUAUGAAGGCUCUAUGAAAGUUAGAAUUUACUCUGAGAUUGGGUGGCAGUAAAAUGUUAUCCUGAAUCUCCAUGUCAUCCAAGGUAGCAUCAUUUUUUUUUGGGGGGGGGGGGGGGUACCUCUCUGCCUGACACUCAGCUUUCCAGACACACAACGCUAUUAUUACAGGUUGAGGGUUCAAUUCAUUUUUGCAUACUUUGGGCUGGAUCCAACCAAAUCUGCCUUAGCAAUGGUUACACAGUUACACUGCCUACUGCCUGUGUAAACAUGUGCCUAAAUCUGGACACUGGGUGCAUGGCGAGUGGAGGUAAUCUGGUGCCCAAAAUCUUUCUGCAAAUCUAUUUAUGCUAUUGUGUAAAUACUGCAGAGCAUAUUUGAUUUAAUUAGUUCAUCAGAAUUCAAUACAUUAUAAACAGAACACAUCUAUAUAGAAAGCCAUUACAAAUAUAUAAUUUAUUUAAAAUGAUCACUUCAGUUUGUUGACCUCUUAGUGCCAAAAGUUUAUCAUACUAGGCGUACAUGCCCUGUAGACAAAGUAGGAAUUAUAUAUAAAAUUGUUGCAUAAGGUGGUCGGUCCUAAGUUAUUAAGGCACUCUGACAGACGUGAGGGAAGUGAGGGAAGAACUAGAUUAGCAGUGACCCAAAGAAGCCAAAUGCUGCUUUGGGAAUCAUUCCAUAGAGCUGGAAGAUUAAUGACAGCUAACUACUUCCUGUGGGCCAGAUCAUUUUCAUCCUGGUUAAUGAGACUUCUCAGCCAUCAGUCAUUGUUUACACUGAACAUGAUACUUGAAUUACAUUAGAUCUUUGUGUAAUAUUUUCUGAGAAUCCUCAGGCUUCCGCAUAGCAUGCUUUUAAAGGUGGACACUCAAGAUUCCAGUUGCAUCAAGUAGUCUGUAUCAUUCUUUUAAAUGUCCCAUUAAUGUUAUUACAGAAUGAGAUCAAAAUGACAGAAUAGCCAUUUAAAUGGUUUGAUUUUCACAUAUUCAAUGACUCAUAAUGUUUGCUGCUGCAUUCAUUGAGUGCAAUCUUAAAGAUGGUCAUUAUAAAACUGGACACUCCAGAGGAUGGCUUUAAUCCAGGGUUUGUGUUUAUCUUUAUCUGCAUUGAAGACAUUUAUAUUACACUCCUGGUGAUAUCUCCGUUAUUCUACAGUCAUUGUAAAACAGUUUAAAAAACUAAGAGGUUAAAGAAAAAAAGAAAAAACCUGUCAUGUCCUGUUUGUGUAAAAAAUGAAAUGUUACAAAUAUUCCCUCCCACUAUUAUAGCUACACUGUUUCCUGUGUGACGUUUUGAUGAUGAUCAUUUAGAAAUGUGUUGUGCAAUAAACUGUAAGACAUUUUAACAUGGAACCUUUUUAAAAACAAUAUUUUAUUGUAUAAAUAUUGUACAUACAAAACACUCCUAUUUUGCAAGCAAAUGAUUCACUUUGUACUGUUGCUAUACAUUAAAAAGUCAACUUGAGGAAACA